AACAUAAUACAAUGGAAUUGAUCAAUAUUCUUGUAGCAUCGGAUGAAUUUCAACUAACAAAAUUGAUAAGUCAUAUACAAACAUAUUUACUUCAAAAUCAAUCAAUCAUUCUACAACAUGAUCCAAUUGAAAUACUAGAGAUCAUUUAUAAUCAUGAGACAUGUUCAUCUCUGAAUGAUAAAUAUAUUAAUGGACCAGGGUUUAAAAAUAAAGUUUUACCAUUUGAACGACUAUUUGACAAACAAACAUUUUUUGAAAUAUUGG